UUUCUAUGGUUCUAACCUAAAAAUGAGAUGUAAACAAACAUGUGAUAAAAUUUAUAUUUCAAAAUACAGUUAUUAGCGCAUAAAAAAAUUAUGGCAAAAGUUUGUGUUAUUUGUGGUGUAGAAGGAAAAUAUAAAUGUCCAACAUGUCUUGUGUAUUAUUGUUCUGUCACAUGUUGUAAAAAACACAGGGAAGAUAAUUGCGAGAUCGCACAAACGAAUCUAACAAAUAUCCAUAAUGAGCCUGUAUACCCAUAUUCAACACCUAGUACAGUUAACACAGACAAAUUGGAAUUAUUAAAAGGCAACAAAAAACUAGUAGAAAUGUUGAAAGGGAAUCCACAUCUUAGAAAUUUAUUAUCAACAAUUGAUAAAUCAAAUGAUCCAGAAGAUAUUAUGCAGAAAGCUAUGCAAGAACCUUUAUUUGUUGAAUUUGCUGAUGCAUGUUUGGAAGUUAUAGAUCCACAAAAAGAUGAAGACUGACUCUUGUUACAUUUAUAAAUAAAUUUGUAAAUGUGAUAAAAAUAUAUAGUUAAAUUAAAAAUAUAUUUGUGUAUAGUAUUAAAAUAAAAUAUACCAUAAACUUUUAAA